CAAAUGUAAACCCACCUCCAACCAGCCUUCCGGUUAAACAUACAGAGGUGCUGAGUGGUGUCACCAAUGUCAGAGUCCCCAUGAAUAUUUCAGAGGCCGGCUGAUGAGGAGCAGCUAUAAAGAGGGGGAUCUCCGUCCAGGAGACCCUCCAAACCCUCCACCUGCUGAAGACAAGGACCCAUCCUCUUCCACCUCCUCUUCCUCCUCCUCUUCUUCAUCCAGCCUGUGUUUCAGCACCAUGGUCAGCGCAAGAGCUCUCCUCCUGGCGGUCACCUGCUGCUGCGCGUACCUGUGGCUCGCUCGUGCAGAGGUAGACUCUUCACUGGAGACGCGCUCGUUGGAUUUCUCGCCGAAAAGACAACAGGAGAAAGACUUGAUUGACGCGUUGCAAGAAGUGCUGGAGAAGCUGAGGAGCAAGGAGAUACCCUAUGAGAAAAAGCUUGGCUGGUUGCCUUCGUGUGACGCAGGGGAGCCAUGCGCCGUGCGUAAAGGCGCGCGUAUCGGCACCAUGUGCAGCUGUCCUCGGGGGACUUCCUGCAACUUCUAUGUUCUCAAAUGUUUGUGAAAGAAGAACCCACGAAAACAAGAGAUGGCGGGAAAGAGCCCGGGGAUUUGAGGUCCAAACACGAAGGUGUAACCUCCUUGUUGUGAGAUGUGGCUGCAACUGUUGUUAUUCUUCUUGUGAUGAUAAUAAAAAAUGAAAUGUAGUACUGCAUGUCAUUAAUUGAGGACGUUUUCCUUUAUAAACCUUGCCCAAUAUAUUUUUUUUUUUUGAGUAGGUUCAAUGUUCUGUGUUUUCUCAGAGUUUGUGAUCAUAGGCUGGGGAAGUUGUUUGUGUAGGAUUAAGGAAUCUUGUGAAUGUGUCUGUUUGAAUGAGGCAAUUAUCACAAAUCCUUGUUUUGGUCAUAUUUUUAGGUCGUUGUUCUUUAUGUUGAUAAAUUUGAUCUCUGGAAAGAUUUUUCACAAUAAAGCCAAUAAAUAAACUCUUGGAUUCAAUGAUGUGUCUGUGUACAAGGGGAUUGCACGUUACAAAUGUGUAGUAUUAUGAAGAUGUAGUGAUUUUUUUAAAAUUAUAUUAUUGCAUGACCAUUACUUGUUGGUCAUUUG